GAGGAAAUAUUAAACGUACUGCCAACGUUACACGAAUAACCAAGACGGCAGUGGCACACAGCAGAGUCGUGUGAAGCUCAGGACUGUGUGCGUGUGCGCGCGCGUGUGUGGGAGUGUUGAAGUGGGAGUUGAGGGGGCUACAGUAUGAGAAGUAACGUCGCUGGAGGAGCAGAUGUGACGGCCGAACUGUUGGAAGCAGAUGUUAACUAGCGGAGGAGACGUUAACGGGAAUAACCGGAUUAUGAGGAUUUGAGGAGGAGAAGUCGCCUGAACCCGGUGUCAAACAUACACACACACAGCGGGGAGGAUUAAGUUCCGGGCGCCGUCGCUCCUCUCACCGCGCUCCGGGGGUCUGUCAUGGGCAUCGACCGGCGGCGGAGAGCCUCCCUGGCUCUCACCUUGAACUUCCUGGCGCUGUUCCUGGCCGUGUCGGCUCUCACCACCAGCUACUGGUGCGAGGGCACGCGUAAGGUGGUGAAGCCGUUCUGCACCGGUCUGGUGACCACCAAGCAGGCGUUCUGCAUCAUGUUCAACAGCUCCAACAUCAACGACACGCGGCUGGUGCAGUACAUAUGGGAGACCGGCGAGGACAAGUACGUGAUGAGGAAGUUUCACACCGGCAUCUGGUUCUCCUGCGAGCAGAACGUCAACAUGACCGGUGAAAAAUGCCGGAGUUUCAUUUAUGUGGCGCCGGCGAACGAAAGAGGAGUGCUGUGGCUGUGCAUCGUUGCAGAGUGCCUGUACAUCCUGCUGCUGGCCACUGGGGGCAUCCUCAUGUCUUUAGAAGUUUGUCACAUCGGCAACGUCAUUGACGGCCUGAAGCUCAACGCCUUCGCUGCCAUCUUCACCGUGCUCUCAGGUCUGCUAGGUAUGGUGGCCCACAUGAUGUUCACCACAGCCUUCCAGCUGACCGUCAGUCUGGGUCCAGAGAACUGGAAACCUCAAACGUGGGACUACAGCUGGUCGUACAUACUGGCGUGGAGCUCCUUCACGGCCUGCAUGGCGUCCUCGGUCACCACCAUCAACCGCUACACCAAAACCAUCCUAGAGUUCAAGCACAAGCGCAGGAACAUUGAGAAGAACCUGAAGAUCAAGCAGAAGCUGCUGGAGCUGGAUUCUCCGGAGCAAGUGUGGGACAUGUACAUCAGCUCGGUGCCGAGCACUGCCGAAGAGCUGCUGGACCUGUCGACGAGCGGCCGCAAACUCUCCAACACCUCCAUCUUCCUGGACCUCAACGACCUGCCCGACCCGCAAGGAGAGGAGUACUGCUAGAGGAACCGGGUCUUGAGACGCGACAACAUGGAUGUUACGCUCUGCGUGGUACAGUGUGAAUACUGUAAAAAAGGCUAGCUGAAAGUUUAAACUUUUCUUUUCCUCCACACGACUUUAUACGAUCCACUUCCCGUUCUGCUUUGCUCUCUGCCAGCUUUUAAGAUGUGAAGAUGGAUGCUUAACAUGCUGAUUCUGCUGGUUUGAAUGAAGGUUUAGCUGGUAGGUCCAACCAUCUGGUCAAUCUGAAUUUAACCUUGGUGCUAAUCCAAGGUAGCCACUGUGGGACCAAUGGGUCUGUGUGGAUUUCACCAGCAGCGUACACUGUGUUAUUUCCUUGUAUUAAAACAUCAGCUCUGUUUUUCAAUGUAUGCUUUGAGAUGCUGUAUUUUCUAAUGUAUGUGGAACAUAAAACAGUCGAGAGUCGAUACAAAUUUGCACCAAAUUCUUGGCAGUUCCCAGGAUUGCACAGAUGCUUUAAAUUUUUUUUUUUUGUUCCCUGCUUUGUAAAUCUGCUUUACCAAGCAGACUUUACUGAACUUGGUGUCAGCGUGAAGCACAGCAACAAAAUGAAUCUAUUCUGAAUCUUCAAGACGGCAACACAGGGUUAGGGGUGCACCCCGAGUCCUUUUAAAAAUAAACAGUUGAGUCAUAAAUUAAACAAUAAGUUAGAGUUUUUCAAAUAUGGAUGUAUAACCUUUAUUUGAGAGUCAAACUUGGAUUGUCUUUGUUUUUUAUUCACUUUAGCUUCCUAGCGAAGUGAAUACUCAUGCUAACUAGCAAAAAAACUAGCUGGCUAACAUGUACCUUGAUGACUAUUGUUUUUGUUUUUUUGUCUCAAAAGACCAACUUAUGUACAAAGUUUCUAUAUUUUCCAUGCAAUUUGACAUAUGAAAACAAAUUGAUAGUUAAUUUUUUUUCAUUAUGAGCAAUCAAUAUCUUCCCUCCUAGAUAGAGUCUGAAAAGUCAAUCAAUGCUUUGAAAAAGUGUCUGCCCAAUUACACAUUUCUUUUGUUUUCAUCACAAUCAGAUGUUUUAGGUGAUGGAUCAAAUGUUAAUAUCACGCAAGGUUAAUCAGAGAUGGAUAAAUAAUUUUAAAAAUGGAAAAAUACAAUUUAAACCAGUCUGACCGUAUGUGAGGCUGUGAUUGACCCAAGACAUCCUGGCAAAAGUUCUGGCUCAUAAAUCCACAGAACAAUUUCCCAUAAGCCUUGGGCAUCAUCGAGAUUCUUUGGGGAGCAAAUGUGAGAGAGCAUUUGUGUUCUUUUGAGCCAGGACUUGUUUUGUUUUACAUUAGAAACCUUCUGGAUGAGUAACUGAGGCGUUCUCAGAGUAAUUUUGAACAACCUGCCUUUCCUGCGAAAGUUCACCUGUGUUCCAGGAUUUCUCCAUUUGCUGUUCCAAAGCCUCAUCUAUGGCUUUAUCACUGACUUUCUGAUGUGUUUUAAAUGUUUCUACAUCAGAGCAUAAUUGUUGCUUUUUGGGAGCUUUUGUCCUACUUCAUGCUGUCAGACUAGUUGGAUUUAAGUGAUUUAUGGAUUCCUCAGAUCAAGCAGUAAUGAAUUUGGUUCAUUUGGCUCAAAUGAACCAAAUUCAGUCGUCUGAAA